AUGGCCGAUAACAAGAGAGAACCCACUGCCGCUGAGGCUAUGCUGUUCUUCAGCAUCGUCAAGCACACCCGCAACAAGGCCGACGUUGACUGGACCGCUGUCGCUACCGAGGCUGGAUUCAAGAAUGCCGACGUCGCCAAGGUCCGCUUCGGACAGGUCAAGCGCAAGCUGGGUAUCUCUACUGAGACCACCUCUACUCCUCGUGCUCCUGCCACUCCCCGCAAGUCAGCUGGCGGUCGCGUCUCGAAGACCACCACCCCUCGCAGCACUGUCAAGGGCAAGGGAAAAAACAACAAGGUUAAGAAGGAAGAGGAGUCUUUCGACAUUUUCGAUGACGACGAUGAGGAGAUGCCCAAGCCUCCUGUCAAGGAUGAAGAUAGUGACUCGGAGAAGACUCCUGAGAAGGAUCCGAACCUGGACCACCACCUCGGCAACUUGGAGGAUAUCGCCAUCGAGUAUCCUUUCUUUCAGUAA